AUGCUUUGGUCGAUUGGUUCGAGGCAGAAGGCGGAUAAGAAGGCCAUUUACGGGUGUUAUGUUCAAGCAUACACCAAUGGGGAUGUCUAUGAGGGCGAGUUUCAUAAGGGGAAAUGUAAUGAUAGUGGGGUUUAUUACUAUUACAUGAGUGGGAGGUAUGAAGGUGAUUGGGUUGAUGGCAAGUAUAAUGGCCAUGGGGUUGAGACGUGGGCUCGGGGUAGCCGGUAUAGAGGGCAGUACCGGCAAGGCCUUAGGCAUGGUUUCAGAGUAUAUAGGUUUUACACUGGUGACGUACAUUCUCAACGGAGGGGGUGA